AUGGCCGCCAUCUCAAUGGACGCCAGAUCGGACCCUGAAGAUUGGUGGGGCUACCACUCAUACUCACAUGAAAUCCUUGCAGAUCAUGGAGACGGUGAGGGAGUUGUCAUAUACGUCCUCGAGAGCCACGUCUUGCUCAAGACCCUCGACGGUGAAUUCACCAAGCCUUAUUUCAAGGGCAUCGGGAGGGUAGAUGUCACUUUGACUGGAAUCAAUGACAAGCAGGUGAAGGUGGACGACGAGGAGGUGAAGGUGGACGACAGGAAGGUGAAGGCAGACGGCAAGUUCAAGGUGGACGGCAGUGCGAAAGCUGGCGACCUGACAAAAGCCAACGACAAGACGAAGGUCGACGACAAGACAAAAGUUGACGACAAUUCGACGGGGCCGACGCAGUCGAAGUCCGGAGUUCUCAUCGACAAGAAGUCAGACGAUUUCCAUGGCAACGUUGUGCUCAGCAUCAUCGCGAAGACAGCGCCAAAAUCUCUCAUUUACGUGGUAGAACGAGGGACCACUGCGGAACAUUUGAAACAGGCGUUGGAGGCUGUGAUCAAGCAUCACCGAGAUAAAUACCGGGGAUUGCCUGCACUCGUCAACUGUUCCUUUGGUGUAGGAGCAACGGUCAAGACAGCUGCCACAGAGACUAUCGCCACUUGCUACCAGGCAAUCAGCACGAUGUUGGACGCCGGAAUGCUGAUUGUUGCCGCAGUUGGAAAUGAGCGAGGGAUGACAGAGAUAACUAAAGACUUGCGGGCUCGAGUGGCGACAUAUGCGGAGUGGAUAGCCUCUGGAGCCCCGAAGACUAACCAGGGGGUGAAGGAUAUAGAUCAGAAGGCAAAGGAAACAGGUCAAGAGGGGAAGGAUGCAGUCAGACUCCGGAGGAAAUAG